ACUACGAGCCUUCCUUCUUCCCCGAGUGUGGCUGCAGGAGGUUGUGUGAGGUGAUUAACCCAUCAACAUGGCCAAGUCAAAGAACCACACCAAUCACAACCAGAACCGGAAGGCUCACCGCAACCCCAUCCGCCGCCCCAAGAAGCAAAAGCAUCCAUCUAUGCGAGGGGUUGAGCCCAAGUUCCUGCGUAACAUGAAGUUUGCCCGCAAGCACAACCUGGCCGGCAAGAAGCAGCAAGAGAUUGCCGCAGCAAGGGCCAAGAAACGCGAGAUGCUGAGCGCCAAGACCAGCGUGUAGGAAGGGUGGCCGGCCUCUUUAUACACAGUUAAGGAAAAAAAUAAAUUUGCUACACAUUC